AAGGCGGGCGGCCGCCCUGAGGCCCUGGGUCCGCGCUCUGUGAGGGGCCGGUUCGCGCCCUGUGCUCGGAGGUGGCGGUGGGCUGGUGGCCUCCGUGCACCGAGGGAGGGGCGGGCUCCGGGCGCCCCUGUGUCGUGAGGAGAAAGGCUGCGCGGAGAAAGACGGAACCUGGAGGCGUGAGACCAGGAUGGAAGAGUCUGACGGGGACCUUCCCAUCCAGAGAGAUGCCAUCCUAUCCGAGUUGUGCUGCGAUUGCGUCACCGUAACGAAGCUGGUGGAAGUGCUGAGAUCUUUGGUGGCUUUAACUGACCCUCAGGAGGGGAAGCUGACUCAGUCUCGAGAGAAAGCACUAAACUUGCUGAGCUUUUGGAAAACCGAGUUUGCAGCUGGGCCUGUGUGAAGGACCUCAGUGGAGUGACAGCUCGAAGAUGGGAGACCAGGAUGCAGGUGAACCCUUUCUGGGGAUAGCGGCUGGUGGUGCCACAGACUACGAAGGAGUUCUGCCCUCAGACACAGUGUCGCUCAGCGAUUCUGAUUCUGAUGAUUUGGGGCUGGCAGAUGAAGCAGAAGUUGAUACAAUAUCUCCUGAGGAGCCAUCUGUAGAUGAUGGGGAUUACAGGUCAGGGGAGACCCCUGACUCUUCAAGCAGUGGUCACAGAUCUCCUGUCCAGCCGUUCCAUCUGAGGGGCAUGAGUUCUACGUUCUCUCUCCGUAGCCAGAGCAUUUUUGAUUGCCUGGAAGAGGCGGCCAAAUUGUCUGUGCCCUCGAUGCCUGAAGAUAAUGUUGUUGAUGGGAGGUUUAAGCGUCCUUUGCCUCCAGCCACAGUUUCAGAUCACAUGGUUCCAGGCGGCCUGGGAAAGCAAGCCAAACCAGUGCAGGCCCCUAAAACCUCUCCUGCAGUGCCUGACUACGUGGCGCACCCGGAGCGCUGGACCAAGUACAGCCUAGAUGGCGUUUCAGAGUCUAGUGACAAGACUAACAGGGCUGCGGCCAUGGAAUUUCUGGAGGGUUUAAAGAAAAGAGGGGAGGAACAAAGCUCAGCUGCCCAAGACAGCUACACCCCGUACUUCAACCAGGACCCUUCCAGCUGCGGAGCUGGGCGGAUUGUCUUCACCAAACCAGCAAAAAGAGGUGUUGAUGGACUGGAAAAGAAAACAUCAGCAGGGGAGGAUGAUAAGAAACACAUGAAAACAGAUCUGAAAGGAAAAUCUCUGAAGAGGGCUGAUGACUUGAGGGAGGAAGAUAAAGUAGAGCUGGGGCACUUAGAUAGUAGAAGUGGAAGGGCAACAGAGGAGGAGGAGUGCAUGAUGGCGGGGGAUCUGAAUACAGAAGGUAAGCUUAGUGCAGGGUUUAGUGGCACAGGUGAAGAGCCAUCGGUGGAAACAGUUGGCUUCCACUGCAGUAAGAAGAAGAGUAGGAAAAAUUUUCGACCUAAAGUAGAUGAUGAAGGGGAGGAGGAAGAGUCCUGAAGGAUUGAGCACAUUGGAGACGUCCAAGGACCUGUAUUGUCUUUGGAUAUGUUUGGUUUUUUUCUCUGACUUCUUUUUCUGGUCGGGAAACCACGUGAUAGCUUUUUAUCUAACAGCUUGCAUCAUAGUCACCAAGAACAUUUUACACUGUUAGAAAUUAAGCUACCUAAAAUACACUCCAGACUUUUCAUUCUUGAGAAGUCUGUGAGCACAGUGUAGCUGCACCCUCACAGGAGAGAAUGAGGUGCGCUUUGUUUGCUUGAGCAGCUUCCCGGGGCUUGCUCUGAAGCUGAAGUAGCCAAAGAAAAGGAUGUGCUAGCUAAAAGGCUGCAAGGCUUCCUACUAACCCCCCAAAUUUAGAGCUGUUCUCAAAUCCUGUAGAAUCCUGGAACAAAGAUGAUGAGCUCAUUAUGUAGAGAUUUUUGAACAAUGAAAAUAAAACCUAGUCUUCUACUAGAUGUGAUUUCUCCUGGCUAUGUCCCAGGGAGGGAGACUUGACUUUUUUUUUUUUUUUUUUUUUUUCUUUUCCAAAAACCAUCCUUUCCUCAUUGCCAUUGAGAAUAAAAGCACAACAGUGCCCAAUCAUGAGUUUGGAAGGCCCAGGUGGAAACUGGCAAAACCAAUAUUUUUUUAAGGUUGGCUUAAAUAUUUACCUUCUUUAGUGUUACAUAAAGAUCUUAAAAAACCACGGUCUUUCCUGUGGAUAGAUAUAACUGUGGAUACAUCCUGGUGAAGACGCGCUCAGGCUUCAGCGAAGUCUCACCACGUUGAGUGUAGGUUGGAAUUCACAACAGCUUCAGCUGUUAAGUUGGGCAGCAGCUUUUCCUCUUACUGGUAUGACAUGAUGUGAUGAUUCUUGGCCUGCACGUCGUAUGCACUGCUUCCACACUGAUUCUGUGUGUGGAUUUGGUGGGAAUGAGGUAUUUAUACCAGAACUGGAUACUUUUUUGUUCUUUGGCAUUCAAUAAACUUUUAGUUGUAGCUUGA